CGACGCGACUCGAAACUUCGCGCGCGCGUACCAUAAUAACAUCAGCUGGGAGGUUGGUAAACAAUUGAUAUGUAACACCAUCGCAAAUUCCCCGGCAUCGCUAACUGCUGCGACAUGUAGAAUGUUACCGCGUUAUUUGCGGCUAUGACGACGUCGUGGCAGUUACGUCCAACCGCUGUCAUCGGUUCCGCCACACUUGUCGCCGUCGCCACAGUGAUUUUUUCACUGUCGUACCGCAGUGACGUGCCCUUUAACGGCUUGGAAAACUGUUGCCUAUUUAUUGAUCACUUAAGGAAAUCGGAGUUCGCUUUUGUAUACGAAAACGUUGGUUCAUUGCUCACUUCGAUAGGUUUCAGUCGAGAGGGUAGAAGAUGGGAAAGUCGAAACGUCACAAUACGAAGUUCCUUCCGAGGUAUAGAUGUGAGUUCGCUGACGAAAAACAUCGCUGAAGAGGUGUUGUCGAACCCCAACAGCAAUCUUCAAGCUCUCCUGUCAUGGAACGAACCUCAGCAGCGUGUAAAAACGUUGCCACUGUCCAGAUUCUCAGCCUUUCUGCCACCUCGUGAUAACAUUCACGGUAAUCCAUGGUGGCUUUUGGAAGCAAAAGACUCACGGAACUCUGAUGGACAUGUAAAGGGGGAUGUCUACGAACCACCAAAACGUGGGACACCAGCCGAAGUACUGCUUGGAGAGCUUUUCGGGAUGUUUCAUCAAAAUGUCUUUCUUUUUACAAGAGCAUCGCCUGCUGGAACAGCUGCGGUUGUUACAAGAAGCAGAAACAGCACACUGGAUAUCCUCUUCAGGUCCCACGUUGAGUUCCAGAUCAGCACGCCACCACAGCGGCCACUUUGGUUCACGCCUGCGCAGUUUCAAGGACGAGUGGUGAUCAGUGAGGACGGUUCCGUGCUGCAUCACUUUGAGGCCCAUGUGCCCACCGACCGGCAACUUAACGUUGAUCUGGAAUGGCUAGCACAACGGUAUAGUGGUGAUGUCCAGACCACGGAAGUGGACAUUGGAAAAGUUGCUGACAUGGUGCUUAGUUUGGAAACUCCCAAUGGGCUGCCUGCGGAAAUGCGCCCAUCAUCUAUAAUCUCUAAUGAGGAGGACAUGGCACUUAAAAAGCUGCAUCAGAUGUUCUUUCCUUUCCUCAAGGUGCCAUACCACAACCUGAGUUCCGCAGUAGCAGAAGCCAGGCGCCACGAGAAGCUGGUCCACUCCAUCAUCACCUGGGGUCCGCUGGAUGACCAGUCCUGCUGAGGAAGCGCUCGGACCCUGCGACAGGGUCCACUGGCUUCGCCUGCAGUUCAAAAGCUCCUGCAGGCUCACUUUGUCAGCUCCUGGAGCCUAACUGCUGAACUACAAGAUUACGCUGCCUCCGAGACAGAUCAAGCAACGAAAAAAAUGGCUGCCGCCUGUCUCAACGAGUACAAGUUUCCCGUCCAGAUUGUGUGCCUUCUGCCGAAUGCUACAGUAGUUGACAGCAUCUGCGCCAAUGACCUUCUCGCCGUAGAUGACGUCGAUGAAGUGGAACUUAAAGGCUUCACUGACCCCAUCGAAAUGGCUUACCACCAGUUCCUUAGCACCUGCAUUACGAAGGCCCGCUCCAAGCAUCUCUUCGGGGUUUGCUAAACCUUCGUCUGUUACAAAAAUUUUGCACCAUAAUCAAAAACAUACACGAAAGUGCCUUUCACUGUAGCAGUGGUAGCUAUCAAACGAAAUCAAAACAAUAUUCGGCCUUUUAUACUCGGCCUUAGUUAAGUGGUCACAGUAUUGGCCUCAUCUCAGGCUUAGUCACACUGUUACCCGAGAGCAUCCUUUCCAGUUAUUUUAUGGUGAUGCAAUUGAGCUUCGUGAAAACGAAGACACGUCCAACACGACAAUACCUUUGUUAUAUUCGUUAUAAGCACACUCACUGACGUUGGUACAAGAAAUUAAAAAUUCAUGAUCAAAUCUAUGUGAAAUGCAAAAAUUAUGCCUUCAAUUAAAUAAAGCAUGGCCAAUCAAAUUUCAGAUUCUUUACAUCUAAUAUAAUGAAUUAUAUACCUGUGUUCAGAUAUAUUUGAGGCUCAACUGCACUCAAGGCAUGACAGUUAUGCUAUGAAUGCAAACAACUAAUUGAUACUGUCACACUGUGCUCAGCUAUUACGGUGCCUGUAGACGUACUAACAUAUCAAAAUAUUAAUCUAUCGUAAGUUCUGGAAUGUACACAUAAACUGCACCCACUGUGUUACUGCUAGUAACUCGAGCUUAGCAUGAAUGCUGCUGAUAAUUGAAGCUUAGCAUGAAUGCAAAAUCAAAGCGUGUAUACCUGACACCUACUAGCUUUUGCUGUUCCUGUGAUAAUCUGUGAUACAACCGCCUCGACCAAUCACAGUAUCUGUUUUUUUUUCUUUUGUAACAUCACAAUGCAUGUCUGCAAAAACAUCAAAUCUGUUCCUUCGAAAAACCCUUAUACAGUAAACGCUCGUUAACUCGAAUUCUGAUAUCUUGAAAUAACGGUUUUAAGUUGAAAUUUAUUUCUGCUGUGAUGUCAACUGCAUGUAUUUUUCACCUUCAAUCUUGAAAAAUGUUUGUGCCAGACUGCAAAUAUCUGAAAAUCUCAACUGCAAGAUUGCCAGGGAGGAGUCACAACCUAAAGGUUUCACUAUUUUGUGUACAGCUGCGAUAUCACCAAAAAGUCAAAUCAAAAUUUUGUGGCCACAGCGACUUUCCAUUAAUGGCAUCAACCAACCUAGGCCUUACCUUAAUAAAUAAUAUUUAUUUGCACAAGAAAUGUGUGUGCCCUCCCUGUGGCAUGCAAGGCUAGGCAUAAAGGUUAAAACCGUUACGCAUGUGCGUCUGCUAGGCCUGGGACGCAGGGGAGGCCCUGGCAUCACUCCUGGCGAAGCGCGCCUUCGCACUUUGGGUAGCAGCGACCAGGGUCAUGUCAGAGAGAGUGACCCCCCUACCCACCAUUGCUAUUUGCCCGAUAAACGAGAAAAUGGCACAUGACUUCUGCCAAAUGUUUCACUGUGCAUUGGGAUAGUAGAGGUCUCUUUUGCAAAGGGAGAUGAUUUUCUGAGUACCCCAACAUGCGGACUUCCUUGACAGCCGAGCAUUGCGGAUUGCGGCACUUUUCAUCCGGCAGCGAGCGAUCGUGCUGUGCCGUGCUGGCUAGCUAAGCCAGACGCUGCACUGCAGAUUCGUUCUCCCUUUCUAUCGCUCGCACACGCUUGGUUGCUGCCACUUCACUGUGGCUCUCAUGUAAGCAGUGAGCUGGGAGUAGAUCUUUGCUUUUCUUUUUCUUCUCAUUGAGGACUCUGUCAGUGGUGCUUUAAUAUAGCUUUAGCAUAUUACAGUUAAACCUGCUUAUAACGAACCUCCAUAUAAGAAAUUCCUGGAUGUAACGAAGUUUUUCUAUUCCCUGCCGUUACUCCAUAGAAGCACAUGUAUUUGAGACCUCUACGUAACGAAGUGGCAGUGGGAGACCCCCUCGAAAUAACGAAUUUUCCCCGCCGACAGCCUAUAGAUUUCACCCCAAAUUUUCUCAUGUUUGCGUGAGCAGCAACCGGAAGCACCUUCUCCGCCGCGACAGAAUGCGAAGCGGCGGCGGCGCGCUUGGCGCGCUCGAAUUCAUGGCGACUUCCCGAUUCAAACCUGAUCCCGCCCUUGCUGCAGCUGGCCUAGCCCGCCAAGCCGGCACUCUCCUUUUCCAGUCUACCAGUUUAGUUAAACAACGAAUGUUUAGAAGUUUUUACGGCCGAUAAAACUACUAUCCUUACUUCGUAUAGCUGUCUGCUAAUUUGCUGUCGCAAUGGAUGCUUCGCCUUUCGGGCGAAACUGGGACUUUUUGUUCAUCGCAACUUUAGUGUAUUGGGAGUAAAUCUUGAGUGAUAGUUGUAUUUCUGUGUGAAAGCAUGAGGUGCGUGGUACUGUAAAGGAUUUUUUUUCCCUCUUUUGGUCACGGAAAAUAGGUGCGCGUUACAACCGAGGGCGCGUUAGAAUCGAGUAAAUACGGCAAGCGUUUCUUUUUCGAAUUUUCGUGCCGAACCUGCAUAUAACGAAAUCCUUUUUAUAACGAAGUUUUUCGGGAAUUUGUCAAUUUCGUUAUAUCCAGGUUUAACUGCAAUUGUGACCUUGAGUAAGAUGGUCGGCGCUCUUGAGCGGGCGCAAUCGGACCACUCGCUACACCUAAAUGAGGCGAGCAAACGGUAACGUCACUCAUGCGCAUUCACAGUUCUGGUUCAGUUUUCUAAGUGAAGUUAUACAGAAUCCAUUACGCUGCAGAAAUGAGCGACGCCAGUUUUUUCUCUUUUUUUUUGCGUUUGGAACUGGUUUUAAAAUUAUCAUCAUCAGCAGCAGCAACAGCCUAUUUUCAUGUCCACCGCAGGACAAAGGCCUCUCCCAGCGAUCUCCAGUUACCCCUGUGUUGGGCUCCCUGAUCCGAGGUUGUGCCUGCAAAUUUCCUAAUUUCAGCAUGCCAUUUAAUUUCGUGUCAUCCUCGACUGCGCUUGCCUUCCCUGGGCACCCGUUCUGUAACUCUAAAUAGACCACCAUUUCUCAGAUGGCUCAACUGUGACUUUUUCAGUACCAAGUACACUCUCCUGGCACAAUGCUAGUUUUGGCAGGAAGUUAGUUGUUACCGGCGCCAUACUGGAAAGUCUCUGUGGUCCAUGUGCGAUUUUUGCAAUUUCAAUUAUCUUGAAACUCUGCUUAUUCUAAAUUUUGUUCGGUCUUUAGGAGUCGAAGAGUUAAUGGGGUUUUACUAUACGAAGCCGAGAAACCCAGUAUUUUCUACUGUUUACCACUCGUAACAUAUUUCUCUUAAAACAAUCGCACAUAAUGUUGUGCAUGGUUGUGCUCAACAUGAGAUCUUAGCGUGAAUUUCAAUACAUUAAUGGGCCCCUCAGCAGGUUUGAGUGUUAUAAACAGAUAAGUGCAGUGCUUAGAUCAUGAAGCAGUGGCCGUGUCUGCAAAGUAUUGCGCGAACAUAUGGAACAAAAAUAGCUGAUGAUUCAAACAAAUGCCUACGUGCAGUUUAGCUUGAAGGCCUCCCAGCAAGAUGACGCAGCGAGAUGAUGCUGACGCUAACACAUGUGUGAUGCUUUCACAUAACAUACACACACAGCACAAAUACCAAGCAGCAGCGUGGAAAAUUUCAAGAUUUCCAUGAAACGCAAAGAACACAGAACGCACUCUGGAAAUGCACCACACUACAAUAAAAGAAGGGAGACAAACAAACAAAAACAAGAACCUUCUUCUGCUUCUCAAAUGAGUUAUUGCCGGUGUGACAAAGAGUGGAAGUUUCUGUGUAGAUCAGUACAAAUGCUCCAGCUGCUGCAUAUCGCAACAGAUUCCCGUUUUUAUCUCAGUUUUCUGUAAGCCAGCAACACUUCUUGCUCACGGGACACGAGAUGUAGUGUGCAGUGCAGUGCCUUAGUAUUUUACACGCAUGCUCAUUUUAAAGCAGCAGUUAUGUUCAGAACGCCGUGCAUAGAGCUUCACCUGUUUGUUCUCCGGAACCCUUGGCACACCAAGAACUUUGAUGAUGUUGACGGAGUGGUGCCUUAGCUUUAAGCCCAAGUUAAGCAUUGGGCUCGGACUGGGUAUUCAGCACAGUCUUGUUUUGAUGUCGGAGCUAAAGCUCUGUUUAAACUAAGUGGCCUGAUCUCAAUUUAGGGAGGGCUGCAAUAUCUCAGGCAGCAAUCGUACAUCUUGCAGCUUGCCCAGUGACCAAUUGGUUUAGUGUACUAGUCAGAGGUAAAUAAAAUGGGAAGCGCUCAUAGCUUUUCCUUCGACAUGGAUCCUGUCACUUUGCUAAUUGGUUUUAAUUUGGAGUAAUGUACAGUACAAUCCACUGUUAAAGGGAACACAUGCGAGUUUUUCCCUUCAGGCAAGUGUACAGUUGCCCAGCUCUGCAGCAGAUUCCUUGUGGUUGGCAAUGUUGCUGCACAUCCGCACCGUUCAAUGACAUAGCAUCAGCCAGCACUUGCAGCUAGAGAACCAGCAGAUUAUAGUGUGUUCCCUUUGACAGUUUACUGCACUGCACCUGGUAGCAUUAUGCGAGUUCUGUGUCAUUUCAGCUUCAAUCAGUCUCAUGCAAUCAAAUUGCAAAUGCGUCGAGAGCAGUUGCCUUCCAAAGGGAUAAGCAGUGCUUUCCCCCGAAGAAUGGCUUAUGAAUUACCAGUGUAACUAUCUUUGUUAAUGUGCCGCCAUAGUUGACAAUCAAGCAACGACUUGGAAUGUCAACAUGGAAUCAUUUUUGACAGUGCAAAAUGUGCCUUAGCAUGCUUCUCAUGAUCAUUAUACUCAUUAAGGAAGAAUGGUUCAACAGUGGGUGAACAAGAGAACUCUCAAGCCAAGGUCCUGCUCUAAUGAAACCAAGUCCCCAUGUCAAAACGCUGAGACAUGCUUCGUUUGUCCACUUUUGAUCUAUUCAAACCUCCAUCUGUCAACCCCUUUCUUGUUUUCAUCGCAGAAAAAAAACGUUGCUCAUGAAUGUCUCGGAUUUCUUUUAGCAGCAGCUUCGUAGUUCAGCAAUCUGCUCUAUGAGAAAAUGUGUUCAAGAAUGCCAGUGUUCACUAGUCUGCAGGGCAGAGUUCUAAUUUUCCGGCACACUGUCAACGAAAAUGUGAGAAUGCAGCCUUGUGUCCAAGCUUUUUGCUUGUGUGGUUUGCAAUUCUUUUUAGUUGCAUAUUCUUUAUUAUAAUCGAAAUACUGAAGGAAAAAGGAAAACGCUCAAGUUUGUCUGCCUUAUGAAGUUGUCUUUCAAAACCGUCUGCGACGGUGAAAGGUGAUGGAUGCUUUAUGCAGGCUGCUUGUGUGAUUUUAAUAAAGGAUGUUAUGUUCGUAAUU